AUGCUAGGUAGAAGUGCAUUACACCAAAGUCGUAAUGCUUUGAGAAAAUAUUCUACUUCAAGUCUUUAUGUGGAUGCUGGUUCAAGAUUUGAAAAUGAUGAUAUGAAAGGUAUAAGUCAUAUGGUUGAUAGAUUGGCUUUUAAAUCAACAAUGAAUACAAGUGGGCCAAAAAUGUUGGAAACUUUAGAACUUUUAGGUGGUAACUAUGUUUGUGCAUCAUCAAGAGAAUCGUUAAUGUAUCAAGCAUCUGUUUUCAAUAAAGAUGUUGAACAAAUGUUCCAACUUAUGUCUGAAACUGUUAAAAUUCCAAAAAUUACUGAACAAGAAUUAGCUGAACAAAGAUUAACUGCUGAAUAUGAAAUUGACGAAAUAUGGAUGAAACCUGAACUUAUAUUACCAGAAGUGUUCCAUUCUGUUGCUUACAAUGAUGUCACAUUAGGUAGUCCGUUAUUAUGUCCAAGAGAAAGAUUACCAGCUAUCACAAGAAAUUCUAUCAUGCGUUAUAGAAAUAAAUUAUUCAACCCAGAAAGUAUCGUUGCAGCUUUUGUUGGUGUUCCACAUGAAACAGCUGUUGAGUAUGCAGAAAAAUAUUUAGGUGACAUGCAACAAAAACAACGUAAAGCUGUUCCAAAAGUUGCACAUUAUACUGGUGGUACCGCUUUCCUUCCCCCACAACCACCAAUGGGUAACAUGCCAGAUUUAGUCCACGUUCAUAUUGGUUAUGAAGGUCUUUCAUUUGAUGACCCAGAUAUUUAUGCCUUGGCUACUUUACAAACUUUACUUGGUGGUGGUGGUUCUUUCUCUGCUGGUGGUCCAGGUAAAGGUAUGUACUCCAGAUUAUAUACCCAAGUGUUGAAUCAAUUCUACUUUAUUGAAAGUUGUAUCGCUUUCAACCAUUCAUACACAGACUCUGGUCUUUUCGGUAUAUCAGCAUCUUGUAUCCCACAAGCUGCACCAUACUUGGUAGAGAUCAUUGGAAGACAAUUAGCACAAACAUUCUCUACUGGACAAGGUCAAUUAAAUGAUAGAGAAGUUUCAAGAGCUAAAAAUCAAUUACGUUCUUCAUUAUUAAUGAACUUAGAAUCAAAAAUGGUUGAAUUGGAAGAUUUAGGUCGUCAAGUCCAAGUCCGUGGUCAUAAAGUUCCAGUUCAAGAAAUGGUUAAGAAGAUUGAAAGCUUAACAACUGCUGAUAUCAGAAGAGUUGCUGAAAGAGUCUUAACAGGUAAAGCCAAUAACCCUGGUAAAGGUACUGGCGCUCCAACUAUUGUUAUCCAAGGGGAACCUGAACAAUUCAAUAAUAUUGAAGCUACUUUAGAAGGUUUAGGUUUAGGUUCAAAAAUUGAACAAGAAUCAACACCACCACCUUCACCAAAGAAAGGAUGGUUUGCUUAA